CGCUGGUUGUAUUCCCCACCAUAGAAGAAGAAUCAGUUUAUGGCAGCCAUUGCCGAUAUUGCACAUUUAGCCCACUUAUUGUUUUUAGCUGAAUUUAAAAACAAAACCAAACACUUCUCUCUUCUUCGGAGGCGACGAGACUCCGGGGGGUUUUGUUUGGCUUACACACCGAUUCAUGCACUGACAGCCGGCGACGGGUCGCGGAGAACGCCGUCAUGUCGUCCGGGGCGCGUCUGGACAGGAUGAGUCGCUCGCGGGAGAUCGAGAAAGGUCUGAAGUUUAUAGAAUCAACCCUACCGUAUCCAGGGAGUUCUGAUCAAUAUGAGGUGUUUGUUAAAGACCUGAUUUGGAAUCUUUUUGGGGAAGGAAAUGACGUGUUUAAAGAAGGCGACUGGACAAAAUCUAUCGAAAUGUACACUGAAGCCUUGAAUGUAGCCGACUACGCCGACUCGGAGGAUAUCUAUGUGGCGACGGGGUUACGGGAAAAGCUUUAUGCAAAUAGAGCUGCCUCAUACUUAAGCAUUGUUCCGGGACUAUAUGACCAAGCGUUAGAAGACUGUGAAAAGGCCCUUCAGUUGAAUGAUGGCAACUACAAAGCUCUGUACAGAAAAGCAAAGUCGCUAAAGGAAAUGGGGAGACAUCAAGAGGCCUACGACGCUGUGGCCAAAUGUUCUCUAGCUGUGCCUCAGGAUCCCAGUGUUAUACAGCUGACUCAGGACCUUGCCAAAAUAUUAGGAUUGAAAAUCCGUAAAGCUUAUGUCAGGAGUAAGCCAGCCUUGAAUGUUUUGCGUGGAUCGAGUUAUCAGGAUGCCACCUGUGACAAGGCAUCGCAAAACUCCUCAGUUGAAGAUAUAGAUAUUGAAGUGCCUCCUUUGGUCCCAGAAAGCAGUGUUGUUCCUGGUCCGAUUCAACCUCCGGUUGUCGUGCAGCCGCCGCUUAAUGACACAGCAGUGGAAGAGCUUCCCCUCACCAACACAAUCAUCCCCCGUGAGCCCCCGGGCUUUGAGUCACUCUCCAAGUCUGUGCCCUCAUCCGCCCCCCGCCCCGUCUCCAUGUUUAUGAAUGGCUGCCGGACUAGUAAGCCCCACUCGUUGCUCAAUUCCACUCCAGAUUUUGAGACGGAUAUUAUCGGCGACGACCUGGAUGACCUGCUGGACCAAGCCGGUCAUAACAAAACCAUGGUCAUGCGAACAGUGAAGGCACCCCUUUCUUUGCCAAACAGUAGCUCCAUGACAAACCCAUUGCUCAUGCUUCCUCCCAUCAACUCCUAUCUGCACUCCAGCUCCGAGCAGUGCACCGUGAAUCUGCCCGCCCUCUAUCACCAAUCUGGGUCAACUUCCUAUUUCAGGAUGAACCCUUUCGACACUUUAUCCCAACCCUUGGACGCCCUGGAUAACCUUUCCCUGUCAGACUUUAGAAACGAUUAUUCUGCAAGUUCAUUCAUGCCACAGAUUAGCAACACUGAAAGUCCAAUGGGAAUGGCUGUGGGAAUGCCAGAAGUGAAAGGUCCGCCCGCCACCCCGGCCUUGGCAAAGAACCCCUUAACUGAAAAGCACGAAUUUAAACAGGCGUGUUCAGUGUGCUACAUAAAAACAGGUCCCGGCGUGUUGGACUACACGCUCCAUAGCGAAGAGCACAAGUGCAAAAAGGACACUUUACUGGGCCGAAUGAAGCAUUCACCCGAUAAAACAUGGAAGCUCAUACGACCCAGACCAACAAAAACACAAUAUGCCGGGCCUUAUUACAUUUGCAAAGAGGUGGCCGUAGGUAAAGACUGCCUGUAUCCCGGCCACUGCACCUUUGCAUACUGUCAGGAGGAGUUGGAUAUUUGGACUCUGGAGCGAAAAGGCUUUAUUUCCCGGGAGCAUCUCUUUGAUCCCUUCGGGUCUAACUUUACCGUGAGGUUGUCGGUGCCAAAGAUCUUGCAAGAGCACCCAGAGAUAUUUGUGUUCCUAUGCGGAGUGUGUUUUGACCACAAACCCAGAAUAAUCAGCAAAACGAACAAAAACGACCCAUCCCGUUGCUCUCACCCAGAGACAAGGCAUGACUUUGAGAAAAAUAAGUGCCUGGUCCACAUUUUAAAAGACAAUACAGUCCGCUACUCCAAAGUCCGAAUGUUAAACCCCCUUUGCCAACUUGACCUGUGUCGACACGAAGUCCGAUACGGCUGCGUGAGGGAGGACGACUGCUUUUACGCUCACAGCCUUAUUGAGCUGAAGGUCUGGAUGAUGCAGCAGGAAUGUGGUAUUAGUCAUGAAAGCAUUGUUCAAGAGGCCACUAUAUUUUGGAACGCAAACAAAGCACUGCGUGGCACCCAGCCUUCGAGUCAGAAGAGGUUUGGGCCUCCUAAUCUGAAGAUAAUGUUUGUUUGUAGCCAGUGUUGGAGAAACGGCCAACUUAGUGAAGCCGACAAGAACAAAAAGUAUUGCUCAGCCAAAGCAAGACACACGUGGGCCAAAGACAAACGUGUGGUGUUGGUAAGCUCCGUGGAAAGGAAAAAAUGGACAAUAGUCAGACCCCUUCCUACCAAAAAGCCUAUCCCGGCCCAGUUUGAGAUUUGUAUGCACAUAGCAGCCGGCAAGAAGUGCCAGUACGUCGGCAAUUGCUCGUUUGCGCACAGCGUGGAGGAAAGAGAUCUUUGGACCUUCAUGAAGGAAAGCAACAUUGCCGACAUGGAUCAGCUUUACGACCAGUGGCUGCUGUCUCAGAAGCCGGGCUGGGGCGAGGAGGGCGCCAGUAACUCUGUGAAGGAGAACGGCAAGCAGAUCCACAUGCCUACGGACUAUGUGGAAGAACUGGACGUUCUCUGUGUGCGCUUCCUGCAGGACGGCAAUCAUUGUUGGCUGUGCGGUAAGAACUGCAACAGCGAGAAGCAGUGGGAGCAGCACAUCACCUCGGAAAAACACAAAGACCGGGUUUUUAACUCUGAGGACGAUCAGAACCGCUGGCAGUAUCGCUUCCCAACUGGUACUUUUAGAGUUUGUGAAAGGUUUUCUGUAGGGACAUGCUUUGAGGACGACUCGUGCAAGCUGGCCCACGGCGAGCAGGAGCUCAGAGAGUGGAUGGAGCGUCGGGAAGUGCUAUUGAUGAAAUUAGCCAAAGCUAAAAAAGACCACCUUAUAGCGCCAAACGACAAUGACUUUGGAAAAUACAGUUUUCUCCUUAAAGACAUCAAGUAAUGGCAUGACACACACUAGAGCCCACACAUGAAGACAACCAGUAUUCAAACUUGACCCCCCUCUGACGGGCGGGGUUGGGUAGGAUGAGGAGGGGGAGGGGGGGGGAGAUCUCGGAGAAACAUCCAGGAAGUAGCCUGGUCACAGCAUGAUUUUUAAAGUGGCUCCGAGUCGGCCCGGUACCUGAGCGGCGUCCGGUGUCGCCUCGGAGCGUCGCCGAGCUACACAAGCUUUGCUAUGCACCGCCCAGUAGGACAUCUAAAGAGGGGGGUGGAGCUAGCGCCCUGACCAGACGCAUUCCACUCAGCCCACCUUUCGUAUUGUUUCCAUAUUUUGGCCUUUUUAAUUUCUUAAUCACGCAGAGAGAAAAAAAAUCAUUCUGACAUUUUGUUUUAAUCGGUCAACAUUCAUUACCUAACAGUUCUAUCAUGUUAUCAGUAUAACCAGCACCACACCAAAUAAAGUAAUUGUUUUUCGACUA